CACGACAAGGCAGUGAUCCAUGAAGGGGUCUGGCUUUGUUAGUGAGAUAGAAUAAGGCUCAGCUGUUAAGGUGGUGUAAUUUAUGCCAGAAUACUUUUUCUCUAUUUUUCUUGUUGAAGACCUAUUACUGUAAUAAAAGCCCUAUAUCUCUCUGUGAGUAGCUGUCAUUCUUUGAGUAAAGUUUCCAGAAUGUUAUUUUUGUGAUCAUGUGAUAUUAUUCCCAGAACGUACUUCCCUCCCUUAUGUUUGAAAAAUGGACAAAAAGCACAAUAUAAAGCCAGACAAUUGAAAUGGCAUUUAAAACUUCCAUUCUUUUGAGAGUCUUUCUUCAAUUACUAAUGUCUUGUGUCUCUUUGUUCUUCUGAUAGUGUUUGCCAGCGAACCCUGGGGACUGGUUCAGAGAUUUGCGCGAUAUGAAGAUAAUUAGCGUGACCCCUCUGGAGACCUGGCUAGUGCUAUGUAGUUACAGAUACAUGGAGUUGGCCAAUAAUUUUGUGAACUGUUUGAGAAGAGUAGGAAGUCCCAUGAAUUUUCGUAUUGAAUAUCCCAGAAUCGUGCAAAUAGAAGAGGGCCCUCUGCCAUUGGUGAAAGUCCUACAACAGCAUGUGACUCCUGAGCUACAGCUGGUAUUAUGUAUAUUGUCUUCAAAUAAGAAGGACUGUUAUGAUGCUGUGAAGAAGUUCUUGAGUCUUCAGCACCCUGUUCCUAGCCAGUGUGUACUUGCCCGCACAUUGACUAAACAAGGAGUGAUGAUGAGUGUGGCUACAAAAAUUGCUAUGCAGAUCAUCUGUAAGCUUGGAGGGGAGCUAUGGGCAGUUGAGAUUCCACUGAAGUCCCUAAUGGUGGUCGGGAUUGAUGUCAACAAAGACACGGUGACCAAAGGAAGUUCAGUUAUUGGAUUUGUGGCCAGCCUGAAUGCCUCAAUAACUAAGUGGUAUUCUCGUUGCAUUUUGCAGCAUGCAGAAGCCAGUAUGGCAGAUUGUUUAAAAGUCUGCAUGGAAGGUGCUAUAAACAAAUGGCAGAAAUGGAAUGGGCGACUACCUGCACGUAUAAUAAUAUACCGGGAUGGUAUAGGAGAUGGGCAGUUGAAGAUGGUGGUGGAUUAUGAAGUCCCACAACUGCUAAGCAUCCUUGAUGAAUACAGUGGGGGUUGCAGACCCAAGAUGUCACUGAUCAUUGUGAAAAAGAAGUGCCUCUGUCGCUUCUUCACUGACUCUAACAGGGGCCUGAAGAAUCCUCCUGUUGGAACUGUUAUUGAUACAGAAGCCACCCAACCUAAAUGGUAUGACUUUUUCUUGAUUAGCCAACUUGCAGGCCAAGGUACUGUCAACCCCACAUACUAUAAUGUGGUUUAUGAUGACAACAGGUUGAAGCCAGACCAUAUGCAGCGGCUCACUUUUAAGAUGUGUCACCUCUACUAUAAUUGGCCUGGGCUAAUCAGAGUGCCAGCACCUUGUCAAUAUGCCAGCAAGCUGACAUUUUUGGUCAGCCAGAGCAUCCAUAGAGAGCCUAGCCUAGAACUUGCAGACAAGCUUUUCUAUUUGUGAAGAUGCUAGAGAAGGAACAGCAGUGAAGAAGAUUUUGGCUUUGAAGAAAAAGCACUGUCUUCGCUUUUGGGGCUGCUUCAGUUCCAGAAAGAGGAGGUGUAGCAUUUCCUUGCCUCCACCUCAGUAACCCUGGAGUAAAAACCUGAUGGUUUGUUGUAUGUUUUAAUGAGAAUUUUUUUGUAUGAAAUUCUCCGUUAUUUCAAGUUGUUUAUUCUCAUAAGUAAAGAUUUAAGAUUGUGCAACUAUCUUAGAAAAAAUAUUUUAGAAAACUAUUUUGUAGCUUAGUUACUUUUAUUACUAAUACGUUUUAAUAAAACAUACCUUUAAU